AUGUCCAGCUCUCCUCAUUCACAAAGGGUCACCCGCAGACAGGCGGGUAGGGAUCACCGAUGGGAUCGGGAUGCAAUCAACGGUGGGCCUUCGAGCCUCACAAUCCUGCUCAAUUGGCUUCCGACGCCAGGAAACUACUCCCGCUGGGAUGCCCCAGGAAACCCCGAUCGAGAAGGGAUCUGCAUGGAGAUCCUUGAGUUGAUGGAGAAUGAGGGCAUCCAUCAUAGGCAUGUAUGGGGGAUUAACCACAGGAUCCAGCUCCUGCGCCGAUCAUACAACACCGCUCGCGAUUUCAUUGCCCAUGCACAACACGAGCCAAACAUACAUGAUGGGAUCAUACUACUUUACGCUCGCCGGGUGUGUCCACACUGGGACCUUUUGCACCCGAUCAUGGGGCCUCAAACAGCCGACACCCAUGCCGAGCAAGCAGAAAACAUUGAUAAUGAGGACGCAACUUCUGAAGUGUCAGAAGAUGAGUCCACCAAUACUUCACGAGCACGCAUAGGUCGUGAGAACAAACCGUCGGUUGUUAAGUGA